AUGAAUUCAGUAAUUAGAUUGCGUAGCUCAGCUGUGACAGCUCUUUCAAAGGGUGCUUCCCCCAAUUAUGCUAAAGUUGGUAAACUAGUUGGUGGAAUCAUGAGUGCCAGAACAGACGAUAAAAAUGCACUAGAUCAUUGUGCUUCUGCUGGUGCUCUGCAGACAGUUAGUGAGGCUGAGCGAAGUAAUGAUCAAACGCAUGGAAGGAAUCCAAUGCAUACAAUUAGAGGUGGUUUAUUUCUCUUUGGCCAAGCAAUAUCUUGCUUGAUAAAUACUCCAAAACAUCGAGUUAGCUCCACAGCAGCAAUUAACUAUGAGUUGGGCAGAUCUAGAAUGACUACUGUUAGUGAUGGAAGGAAAUCCAUGGUUGCUUACCGCGGUUUUAUGGAUGUUUUGCACUGUGGAGAAGGUAAUGCACACGUAGACAGUCAGUUUCGAGAAGAUGACUUGUAUGAAUGUGGUGGGGCAUACAGAUCGCCUCAUUCAAAUGAUGGUCCUGGACUGAUGUCUGCUUCUGAUGAUCACAUGAUUACAAUAAGCUCAUCUGAAGGACAGUCACCAGAGGUUUAUCUUCCUGGUCUUGUUGUUCAUGUUGUUCCAGUAAAGAAAGGUGCUUCUCCAUUGCAGAAGACAAUUGUUACACGUCAAAAGAACAAGAGUUACAAAGCGUUUAUUGCUUGUCGAAAAGAUUUUAUGGACCUUGUUGUGACACCUUGCAUGUUCCUUGAUCAUCUCCCUUGGAGGUGCCACUAUGCCAUGCAAAAGGUCAUAGAAACACGAAAACGGGAUCAGCUCACCAGUGAUCCGUCCACUGCAGAGGAAGCUGUACAAGUCUAUUAG